AUAAUACUUGCAAUUUUAAGUAAUAUUCCAAUCGCAGGACUGUAACUCACUAUUGAGGAUGUACAGGAUUUUAGUGCAUGCAAUAAAACAUAAGCAGUAGGUUAUAAAUAUAGGUUAGUAGUAGCAGUAGUAACAUAGUUUUGAUUGUUCAAUCAAAUAUCAUGUAGCCUGUAAGCUAACACUGUGCUCCUCCAGACAGACUGGUGUUGAUUGGUCGGUGGACAGGCCUGCUCUGUAGCAGCUGCCGUCAUCCCAUCAGACGUGCUGGGGAUGCUGACUCUGCUGGCUGAUCCCUCUACACUCUGCUGCUGCUGAUGGACUGCGGUCUGAGCUCUGUUUGGAUACAUCAGAUGGAUGCUGGAUCCGGGGCUGAGAUGAGAUAAGCGUCCUCUGUCUCCGCCGAGCUGCUGCAGCGCCGCACACGCAGGGAAGACGUGGGCACUUGGUAGCCGAAAACACCGGAAUAUAGGGAUUAACACUUUUAUUUGGUGGUGAGCUGUGCCACUUGAAAGGUUUGGCUUCACUUUGCACCUUAACCUAAUCGCCACCUCGAUAGGCUAAUGGUCCCGACGCUGCUCUCCAGAGGUGAUGUGAGCUGAACUCGCGGGGAAGCCGCAGAGGAGCUGUCCGUCUGUCGAGGUGCUGAUGCGGCUGUGACAGAAGCGAGCAUGGCUGCCGGGAAGUUACUGCUCUACGCCGGUCUCUCUCUUUCUCUCUGCGCCCUGGGCAUGCUGGCCGUGGCGAUGUGCUCCGACCACUGGUACGAGACUGACGCCAGGAGGUACCGGGAGCGGUGCCGAAGCUUUUCCAGCCGCCGCAAGGACCCGGGCUUCAUCUACAUCCCCAACAACAGUCUGCCGCUGCGGGCCAGCCGGAGCAGCCUGCCCCGCUGGGAGGAGAAGCUGCUCCUGGCCCGGAACCGGCGGCAGCUGUUCGCCAUGAGCGCCGCGGACGAGUGCAGCAGGCAGUAUAACUCAACCAACAUGGGGCUCUGGAGGAAAUGCCAUCGGCUGGGCUUCGAUCAAGAAAUCGAAGAUCUCAUCCGGAAAGAGCUGCUGCCUGUCUGUGUGGCCCCAGGGGACCCGAGGCUGCCUGCAGCUCCUCUCUCAUUAACAUGGCCUGCUGUGACAACAUGGGCCCAUUAUGUUUGGCUGAAAUGAAAUGAAAUGUCAUAAAUGGAGCAAGCACACAUGCUGAACUCUGUGUCCUUACACUGGUGGUGCUGAAUCCUCCAAUAGAAAACCCUGAUACAUACAUGACUGAGCAGAGUGUUGCAAUGUGAUUCUUCACUCUUAUUCAGCCUUCUUGUUUUUCUGUAUUUUUGUGAGAGCAUUUGAUUUCCCAUUGGCAGUCAUUAGUGAAUGCUGAAUCAACUGUCAACUGCAUUAGCAAGUGAUCAGUUAGCAGAAAAACCACAGCAUGGAUCCUUUGUUCAAAUUGUUAAAACAACAUAUGUUUAAGUUUCUGGCAAGCAACCUUUUAUGGUUUUGUGAAUAAUGGC